CUGAGAUCCGACGCUUCCUGCGGCGGGCCCCGAGGGGGGAGGGGGGGGCAGCCUGCGCGAUGGGCGCCUGACCGCAUGGACAGGCCCGCCGCGGGCGCUGGGCUCGUGGAGCCCGGUGCCGAGGCCGUCUUGGGCGUGCCAGCGUGGGUGGUGGCGGUUGCCCUGAACCUUCUGGCCUCUGCGCUCACCGUGGUCGGGCUGGCGCUGCAGAAGCAGGCGGCGUCUGCGCCUCCUGGGAGCGCGCCGCGGCUGGGGCACAUCGUUCUGUCCAGGAGGUGGGUCCUCGGGUUCCUCGUGGGCAUCGUCGCGCCCGUGCCGCUCCAGGCGGCUGGGUACGGCCUCGCCCCCAUGAGCCUGAUCUCCCCGCUCAGCGGGGCGACGGUGGUGCUCAACGUGCUUCUGGCGCCGGGCAUCCUGGGGGAGAGGCUUCAGCCGCGGGUCGACAUACCCGCUACCUGCCUCAUCCUGCUAGGGACCGCUGCGAGCACUGCGACUGGUGCGCACGACGAGGUCAGGCGCGACGGGAGGGAGCUGCUCGGGCUGUGGGGUCAGCCCGACUUCUUGCUCGCGUGCGGCAUCCUGCUCGCCGCGAUGCUGUGCUGUCUCGGCUACAUGUGGAGCCACCGCGCGCACAUAGAGGAGCUCGCCCUCCUGCGGCCCUCUAACCCCAGCGUCCAACACGUUCUGCUCCCUGCGCUGGUGGCGGCAGGUUGCGGCUGCAUGAGCAACAUCAUGCUUAAGGCUGUCGCAGAGCAGAUCUUCGGGUCCCCUCUCGCGCCAGAAGCGGGGCUGUGGAUACUGGGCGCGUUGCUGCCAGCUGUAGUGCAGCUGAACUUCGUGAACAAGGGCCUGGCCCUCUACCAGCAGGUCGUGUUCCUACCUGUGUACACAUCGCUCUUGAUACUCAGCUGCACGCUCUACGGGCUCAUCUUCUAUCGCGAGUAUGCCGAGUUGUUGGAGCAGGGUGGACAGUGUGCUUUGUUCUCGUGUGGGGUGCUCAUCAUCGCCCUCGGUGUGAAUAUGUUCUCUCUCAGAAGGCCAUUCGAGUUCGAAGCGGGCGCAGCUGAGCUCAUAGGCGCGGCUUCACCCAGCUAAGCCAGGCGCAGCCGCAUCGGCGCCGCCGCCGAGGCCAUCAGCGCCGUGGCCGACGCCGCCGCGGCCAAUGCCGCCGCGGUCUUCGGCGCCGCGGCCGACGCCGCCGUGGCCGACGCCGCCGUGACUGGCGGGCGUUUCCGUCGGCGACCGCGCCGCCGCGGCCGUGGCCGACACCGCCAUCAGCUGGGCUUCGCCGACCCGCUCCUCCUCCUCCUCCUCCUCCUCCCCACACCCGCACACCUGGGGGCCUGGGCGCCAUCAGCUGGGGGCCUGCCGGUCGGCGGCGGUGGCGCGCGGGGCGUUCUUUUCGGCUUGCCGGGCGCACGAGGGCCAGCCGCUGCCGUGUGCUGCUGCUGGCGGCGGUGGCGGCGGGCGGGCGCGGGGCGUGUCGGGCGAGU